AUGUCUCGGCAUCAAAAUGGCGAGCAGCCAACCAUACGAGGGGGCCCUGAAGCUACCUCACCACAUAUCCCGAUUCAUCAGAGUUCGACUAACACCAACGAUAAUGAUCACCGCUUGAAGCCUCCGGUGUUAGGUACAGUCGCAAAUGCCCAGUCGUCAGGGAUAUCACUACCUCAAAUUGCGCAAGUCGACGACGCUGAUGGAAGUGCGGCAACACCAUGGAAGAACCGGUUUCAAACACUCUGGCACUGGAAGCCCAAAGCGGCUAGGUAUGAUCCCGACAACCCCCCAGAGUUUACCAUGUGGAUAAACAUCUUGUUCGGGUUUGCAUCAUGCUUCACCGUAUCCAACCUGUACUACAACCAAGCCGUCCUAAACAAGAUCGCAGAGACGUUCGAUGUCACCUUCGAAAAGGCCUCAUCGGUAGCCACGCUGAUGCAAGCUGGCUAUUGCAGCGGUUUGUUGUUCAUCUGUCCGCUGGGUGACAUCUUCCCCCGGCGACCUUUCAUACUUGGGUUGAUCGCUUUUACAGCAACUUUGUGGAUUCCCCUCUGCCUAACCACCUCCUUCCCCUCCUUCGCCACCAUCUCCUUCCUCUGCGGCGCCACCACCGUCACCCCCCAACUCAUGCUCCCCCUAGUCGGCGACCUCGCGCCCCCCGCCCGCCGCGCUUCUUCCCUAGCCGUCAUCGUCUCCGGCCUCUCACUCGGCGUCCUCCUCGCCCGCACCCUGGCCGGCGUGCUAGCCAACUUUACCUCGUGGCGCAACAUCUACUGGUUCGGCUUAGGCGUGCAAUGGCUCGUCUUUGGGUUGCUCUACAUCUGGAUGCCAGAUUACCCCUCCAAAAACCCAGACACAAAGUUCAACUACUUCAAAAUGCCGUGGCAAAUCGCGAAGCUGUUGGCCACCGAGCCGUUGCUGCUGCAAGCCGCCUUGGUGGCGUUCUUGCACAGCGGUAUUUUCACGAGUUACUGGACGACGCUGAGUUUCCUGCUGAGCAGUCCGCCGUACGAGUACUCGUCGGUGGUUAUCGGGUUGUUUGGGUUGAUUGGCGUGGUGGUGAUUGUGUGCGCACCGAUUUACUCGCGGUUGAUUAUCGAUCGGUUGGUGCCACUGGUGUCGGCGAUCAUGGGGCUGGUGGUCGAGACGGUGGGCGUAGUGGUGGGCACGUCGGUGGGUAGUUUCAACGUGGCGGGCCCGGUGGUGCAGGCUAUUAUGAUUGAUUUGGGAGGACAGUUUACGCAGAUUGCGAUGAGGUCUUCGAUUUAUGGGAUUCAGCCGUUGGCGAGGAAUCGGGUUAAUACGGCGUAUAUGGUGGUCAGCUUUGCUGGGCAGUUGACGGGGACGGCGGUGGGGAAUAGGCUUUAUGCUCAGGGAGGGUGGGUGUAUAGUGGUGCUUGUGGGAUUGCCUUCGGCGGGUUUGCGCUGAUAGUAUGCCUUGUCCGAGGACCAAGAGAGAAAGGAUGGAUUGGCUGGUCAGGGGGCUGGACCUUUCGGAGGGAAGAUUUACCGCCGAAGAAGAGUGAGACGACGACGGAGGAAGUACUCGAGGAAGCUGGUGCGGUUGGUCACGAUGAUGAUGGUCAUCGUGGUGUCGAUUUGAAAAAUGCGUCCACUGGCCGGGACGGCAACCAUGACGGCAAGAAGCAACAAUGA